AUGGGCGGCUUCACUUGCGUUGUGGGCGGCUUGCCGUGGUAUGCCCAUCAACGAGAUCUGGAAGGAUUCAUCCGGUUUGGAGUUAUCACCAGCGCCAAGAUAAUGUAUGACGAGAGAAACGUCCCAAUGGGCUAUGGCCUCGUCACCUUUAGCAGCGAGAGAGGCAUGCGCAAGGCCAUUGAGAAGAUGAACGGCAAGCCGUUGCCGGACACGGGCCCUGAGCGCCACCCGCUAGACGUGUUUGAAGCAAAGCCAGGGAGGGACUCUUGGAGCUGGGACAUGCGAGAGUGCGGGAGGUGUGGACUGCCCGGGCACAGCAAAAAGGAUUGCAACACCAUUCCUCCUACCGAUCCAAAGCAUGUCUUUGCGGGAGAGCUCGAGAGCGACCCAUUUAAUCCUGAGCCAGAGAGAAUGGCGGCAGGUGAGGAGAAGGUAUUGGAGGAUGAAGGUCCCUGUGGAUCCAAAGCGACUACAGGAGAGCGUUUUGAGAGCCUUCCGUAUCUUACCGCCUGA